AUGCCUAGCACCUCCACUGCAGACACUCAACUAGUCACUUUCAAAGUUGAAUGCCAACCCACAUCUACAGUCACACCACUCAUUCCAAGUGUUUGCACCUCUCCCUCAACAGUCACUUCAAGUAAUGCCACUACUACAUCAACAGUCACUUCAGUUGAUGCCAUCACUACAGAGACAGUCACUUCAAGUGAUGCCACCACUACAGAGACAGCCAGUUCAAGUAUUGAUACUACUCCCUCCACAUCAACAGUUACUUCAACUGUGGCCACCAUUCCCUCAACUACAUUGACAGUUACUUCAACUGUGGCAAGCAUUCCGUCAAACACACUAACAAGUGAUGCCACAACUACUACAUCAACAUCAGAGGUAACUUCAAGCGAUGCAACCAUUCCCUCAACAGUCUCUUCAAGUGUGGCCACCACUCCCUCAACAGUCACUUCAAAUAAUGCCACCACUCGCUCAACUACAUCAAUUGUCACUUCAAGUUAUACCACCUCUCCCUUGCAAUAUACAGUCACUUCAAGUGAUGCCACCUCUCCCUCAACAUUACCUUUCACUUCAAGUGAUACCAUCUCUCCCUCAACUACAUCGACAGAGAACUCAAGUGUUGACACUACUCUCUUGACAUCAACACCCUCUUCAAAUUAUAUUACAUCAACAGUCACUUCAAGUGAUCCCACAACUCCCACUUUUCCAUCAACAGCCACAAGUGAGGUCACCACUCUAAGACUAAUAAUGUCAUCAACAAGUGGUGCUACUACAGUGUUAACAGGUACAGAUACCUCAGCAGUUGUAGCAGUAUCUACGCCGUCCACCCCUUCACCGGGACUAACAUCCAGAGACACUACUUUGGUGACAACAAUCAAAACCACUGUUGCAGAAUGCAUGUCAGAUGCUCUGUUGAAUGUCAUCAGGCUGGAGGAUGUCACCAGUAAGUUAAUCAGUGUGAGUUGGACUGGUAUUCCUCUGGACCAGCAGAUACAGUACAAGGUGAAGCUGGCAUCUAAUUCCAACACAACUCAGAUUGAGACCUCAGCCACCAAAGCUGUUUUCUCAGACCUUACUCCUGGAACCAUAUACACUCUGACUAUUGAGUACUUAUCCUGCUACAUCAAGAAAAACAUUUCAAGAGACAUAAUCACUGGUCUAUGA